ACCCUUACAUUGGCUCCACAAUUCGGCACACAUGGGGUAGCUAAAGUAUAGCACUUGAAUUAAUUGGCAUUCAUGAUGUGAUCGUUUAAAUGCCUUAUCCAUAUCAGCAAAUACGGAGACUUGUGCAUUCAUUAUUUGGACGUCGGCUAACUCCCGACACGACUUUCCGCAUUAUAUGUUGUUAUUGUUAUUAGUAUCGGCAUGCAGGUGGCUUUCAGUCACGACUGUUAGCUCCGUGAUUGGCGACUGCAAAGCCACCAUUCAAUCGUGGUGUAGUGAGGAGGGGAAGGUGUGGUUUAAAAAAAAAGGGCCAGGGGAGGAGGGUGACACUUGAACGUGGACCACUGAGCAGCAGUACCUGCGGUGCUCCUCACCCUGUCGAAGAUGCUCCAUCUGCGGCGCAGUUCACGGCCGCCUCCGCCGAUUAAGUGUUGGAGUACGGUGCGGGCGCGUCGUUAACUCGUAUGCAUGCGCCUCGCGUCGUCCUCCCCGGUCCGGUUCGCAGACCGCUGGGAAGAUGCUGAGCAGACUGAUGAGCAGCAGCAUCCGGAGUCUGGACCGGGAGUGUAACUGCACCGUGCGGCUGCUGGACGACUCCGAGUACACCUGCACCAUCCAGAGGGAUGCGAAGGGGCAGUACCUGUUUGACCUCAUCUGUCACCACCUUAACCUGCUGGAGAAAGACUACUUCGGCAUCAGAUAUGUGGACCUGGACAAGCAGAGGCACUGGUUGGAGUUUUCAAAGUCCAUUGCCAAACAAAUGAAAACUCAGCCUCCUUUCACCAUGUGCUUGCGUGUCAAGUUCUACCCGCCUGACCCUGCUGCCCUGCGGGAAGAAAUCACCAGAUAUCUGGUCUUCCUGCAGGUGAAGAGGGACCUCUACCAUGGCCGCCUGUUGUGCAAAACCUCAGACGCCGCUCUCUUGGCUGCGUAUAUCUUACAAGCUGAAAUCGGUGACUACGACCCCGGAAAGCACCCCGAAGGCUACAGCUCAAAAUUUCAGUUCUUCCCCAAGCAUUCGGAGAAGUUGGAGAGGCGGAUUGCCGACAUCCACAAGACGGAGCUGAGAGGCCAAAGCCCUGAAACGUCAGAGCUCAACUUCCUCCAGAAGGCUCAGAUGUUGGAGACGUACGGCGUGGACCCGCAUCCAUGCAAAGACGUGUCUGGGAAUCCAGCUUUCCUGGCCUUCACCCCAUUCGGAUUCACUGUGCUGCAAGGCAACAGGAGAAUUCAUAUCCUGACCUGGGAUGAGGUGACCAAGCUGAAAUUCGAAGCCAAGACAUUCCAUAUAUAUGCAAAUCAGACGGAGGAUCAAAAGAUCAUAUUGACCUACUUCGCGCCAACACCUGAGGCCUGCAAGCACUUGUGGAAGUGUGGCGUGGAGAAUCAAGCCUUCUACAAGUUGGAGAAAUCCAGCCAAGUGCGUACAGUGUCCAGUAGCAAUCUCUUCUUCAAGGGUAGUCGCUUUAGAUAUAGUGGAAAAGUUGCAAAGGAGGUGAUGGAACAAAGUGCCAAAAUUAAAAGGGACCCACCUGAGAUCCACAGGGCGGGCAUGGUGCCAAGCAGGAGCUGUCCGUCCAUCACGCACGGCCCUCGUUUGACGAGCGUGCCUAGGACACGACGGAGAGCGGUGCAUAUCUCCAUCAUGGAGGGUCUGGAGUCUCUUCGCGACAGCGCCCACUCCACGCCGGUGCGCUCCGUCUCCCACGGUGACUCCUUCCUGCCCUCCCAAGGCCACAGGGUGGACGGCGGUGAGGCGAGUGUGUCCGCGGUCAUCUCCGACGAGGCCUACAGCCCUUCGGACAGCGUCCUCCCUACGCCCGUGGCAGAACGUGGGCUGGAGAUGAACCUCAAUGGCGCCCCCUGCAGUGUCGAUGAGGAUGAGGGUGGUGCGUCGCUGGAGGCAACCCACAAAAGAGCCGGAAGAAAAGCUCCGCGGGUGCUUAAAAGCCGACCGUCGCCCCCUAGUGACGCGGAGGAGCUGCACAAGUUCAUCCUGAGUGUUCUGCGCCUUUUCCUGGUCACCAUUGGACUUCUCUUCGCCCUCCUGUUGCUCCUAAUCGUGCUGACAGAGUCCGAUCUGGACAUCGCCUUCCUGAGAGACAUCCGCACAACACCAGAAUUCCAGCAGUUCCACUUUGAAUACUUCUGCCCGCUGCGGCGCUGGUUCGCCUGUAAACUUAGAUGGAUGGGAGGGCUCCUUAUCAGCAAGUAAACAUUGGGAAGAAAAAGGAAAAAAAAGAUGGCCAUCCUUUUCCCAAGUCACGAGCCACGGAUUUCCCUGUGUAGGAUCUCCCUCUUUAAUUGCAUCUGCCACUGUGGCAGGGAUAGAUUUCAUUGACUUGACUUGACUUAUAUCCCAAAAUUCAUUUAACAAAUUUUUGUUAACACGAAAUGUGAUUUAUCAGUGAAAUUAUAUUUUAAAAAGUGACCGUCUAAAUAGAUAAGAAUGAUCACUUUGGAUUGACUCUUUCAAAAAUGCCUCUCUGACAGUUUCAAUCAAAACCCAACAUUCUAUUCUUCAUUUUUUGUUAUAGCUCUUGUACUGGAGCUCCUCAGAUUGUGUAAGUGUACCUAAUGUUGUGGCCAGUAAGUGCUGUGUAUGUCAGGAUAUCAUCGUAGAUGACAACUAUGUGACAAUGAUGCGGAAACCAAUCUAAGUAAUGCUGUGUUCGCAUUUCAAGCAAACAAUGAGGAUGAUGUUGAGGGUGAGAAAAGUGUGAGAUGAAGGGUAUUUUGAUAAUAGAAAUUAAAGUCUGAUUUAUUUCAUACAACUUUGGGUGUAGCGGCAUGGAGGGUUUUUUAGUGCCAUGGUGGAAUGAACACAAAUGCAAAAUAAAUAAAUAUAAGGUGGUUUAAAUUAGUCAACAUAGAUUCAUGCAAAAUGAAAGGGAAACAACUUUCAUCUGAAAUAACUCCAGCUGCUUUAGUUAUGUAUAUACUGUACAUAUAUAAAUUACACACACACAAAUACAUCUAUCUAUAUCUAGCUAGCUACAUAUAUCAAUCUAUCUAGCUAGCUAUCUACCUACCUAGCUAGCGAUAUCUUUAGCUUGCUAGCUUAUAUGUAUAGAGUAUAUGUACAUAAUGACAUGUACCGUAUGUACAGUAUGUAUUUAUAUAUGAAAUUUACCGUAGUUUAUAAAAAGUAAUGUAGUAAUUACGUUUCAUUUGAAUUAUUAAUCGAUUUUAUUUUUGGCACUAAAAACCCUCCAUAUAACGAAUGGAAUUAGGGAUGUUAAGGGAUAUUAAUAAAUGUAGCACUACUGUUCAAGUCAUUUUGGCUGAUAUGAAUAUUGGUAUUCUUUGUGUACGUUUUGUCAUCAACGUUUACCAUCCAAAGACUUUUGAUGAAGAUUUUAGAUGAAUAAAAUUGUUCUUUUUUUUAAUUUAAAUAAACUAGGAGUUAAAUAAUGCUCACGGAUACAGUGUAAUAUACAAACAUCUUGUGUAAUAGGCCGAUGUGAGCUAAAGCUGGUCUUGCUAGUCAAGUGUUUGACUUCUCAAUGUGCAAUACUGGACACCAACUCAUCUGACAUUGCAAUGUGCACAGGUGAGUAUAAGUGCAGCAUUUUGCGUUAGUUGAAGGUUUUUAUGCUUUUUUUUAAUGUUUAAUGUGCUGCAGAGACUUUGAAUGGACUUGCAAUAGAGGCUCAGAUAAGUCCUGUUUACUGUACUGCUACUUUCAUCACCACACCAACCAAAGAAACCUGUUUUGUGUUGCUUCAGCCUUAGCCUGCAGUGUCUUCGACUGGACAAAUGGAAAUACUGUCGCCUGUGACUAUUGUGUUUUGCUCCUCAAAUUAGGCGAGUGUGACAACAUCGUCGAUUCUGUUAUGUAUGCAGCGGUAGGAAUAGCCCAAGAUGUGGAAAAUAUAA